AUGAGCUGGGAUUGAGAAAUGUCCAUCUUCGGGCCUGCUUCCCAGUACCUGAGGAAGUCAGGGAAGGAGAGGAUUGAGGCUCAGUCUACGCCCUUUGACACCAAUACAGCCUGUUCCGUCAGUGAUGACAAAGAGCUCUAUGUAAAGGGGCUCGUCUAGAACAAAGACGGCGACUAAGUCACCGUCCAGACCCUGGAUGACAGAGUAGUCAAGGAGGACCAAGUCUUUCCAAUGAACCCUCCCAAGUUCGAUAAAAUGGAGGACAUGGUUAUGAUGACCCACCUCAAUGAGCCCUCUGUGCUGUAUAACCUCAAAGAGCGUUAUGCAGCAUGGAUGAUCUAUACCUACUCUGGGCUGUUCUGUGUGACUGUGAACCCCUAUAAGUGGCUCCCGGUCUGUAACCCAGAGGUGGUGAGCACCUACAGAGGGAAGAAGAGGAUGGAGGUUCCACCUCCUAUUUUCGCCCUCUCUGAUAAUGCCUAUCAGCUCAUGCUAACAGAUCGGGAACAUCAGUCUAUCCUAAUCACUGGAGAAUCCAGUGUAGGCAAGACUGUAAACACCAAAUGUGUCAUCCAGUACUUUGAGACAAUCGCAGUGUCUGCGGACCAGAAAAAAGAACCAGUCAGCAAGAUGAAGGGAACCCUGGAGGAUCAAAUCAUCCAGGCUAACCCUCUGCUGGAGGCUUUUGGGAAUGCCAAGACGGUGAGGAAUGACAACUCCUCUCGCUUUGGAAAAUUCAUUAGAAUACACUUUGGUACAACAGGUAAACUGGCCUCGGCAGAUAUUGAAGUGUUGUUUGAUUCCAAAUGA